AUGGGUAUCUGCGCCGUUCAGAGCAAGCCACAUGUGGCUACCCUCCCCAGACCCAGUCUUAUCCGAAUGAACCUCUCCAGCGUUAUCGACAAGAGCAAUGAUCACCAGCUGAUCUCGCCUGUCGGCCUCGAACAGAUCGAGUGGCGAGACGAGGUGGAAAAGAAGGACAUUGCCCCGUCCAGCAUUACUUUUGGAAACGCAGUGACCAAACCAACCAACAAGGCUUUCGUCCCAAGCUAUACUGGGACCAUUGUUCUUGACGAGAAUGGCUACCAGCUUUACUAUAAUGUCAUUGCUUUCAGUUUUGUCGCCAUCCAGCUGUUCGAAUGCAUGUCGGCAGCUUAUUCCGAGGCAUUCGAACAUCCCAAGCCCUCGGCCGAUUCCCCUUGCCAAAACGGUGGCACCGAUGUCGACGUCAACAGACAAGUCUCAUCUUGUGCUGGGUACGACCCACAUGUCUACGGCGGUUACAAGCGACAGAACACUAGUAGCGGAGGUGGAGGAUCCGAGCCCAAGAAGCAUCGGUCGAACAACCAGGGUGAUGGCAACUACAACAAUGCCCCUCCCGGCGAUAAUGGAGCCAGCAGCGGCAGUGGCCAUGGCGGUCACGGCGAUAAUGGUGGAGGUUCCAACCAAAAUAACGACACCCAGAAUUCCAAUGUAUCCACCGAAAAGAGAUUCGCAUGUCCUUUUCAUAAGUUGGAUCCUGUGCUCCACGCAGCCUGCGAACCCAUCAAGCUGACCACUUGGGAUCGCGUCCUCCAGCAUAUCCUUCGAGCCCACGUUCUUCAAAAGCACUACUGCCCCAACUGUCGCACCCAGUUUAAGGGGACCACGGCGGAAAGCGAGAAGAAUAAGCACAUCAGAAGCGGAUGCCAGUUUGUCGGCAUGAUGGAAGCCGGAUACAUUUUUCUCCAAAUCGACCCCGCGAAUCUCUGUUUCGAGACCGACUAUGAGAAUCUCAAGGGGCUUCCACGCGGUUCUGACGAGGAGAAGUGGUUCAAGGCAUGGGACAAGUUGUUCCCUGGGGUGCCACGUCCUGCAUCCCCUCUCUUUGAGAGCAUCGUCGAUAUCCUCCGCCGCAAUGCGCGCCGUGCCCUUGCUGAGGUACCGGAGCCGCUCAGGAGCAUGUUUAACAAUGCCAUCUUUGAUCUCCCCACCGUGGCUUCGCGGCUUGCCUCGCGGGAUCUGGCCCCGCCAAAUUCCGCCCCGACUUCCACCCCGGCGGCCAUGGCGACCCCGACCAUGACCCCACUGGCUCCCGCCUUGUCCCCAGACCAGAUCGCCGCUCAGGCUCAGGUUCCGCCUCCGGCCCCGCCCUCGGCGCCAACAUCCAGGCGACCUCAAGUUCCGCCUGGCAUGCGCGCCAACUCGGGUGCUGGCAAUAAUAACCCGACCAUGCAGCGCAUGCAGGCCCAGGCUCGAAUGAACCUGUCCAGCCUGCCAUAUGGCUCCAACCCGACUGCUAGAAGGGCGCUGCCGGUCCAGGCUCAGACGAAUCCCCAAGUCCGACAGGGCCAGCCCUCCAGUGGCUGGCGGAUGAAUCCUCCAGCCAGGCCCCACCCGCCGGCUCAGGCUCGCAUGAGUCCCUCCGCCGGGCACGGCCCACACGGUGCGACUGGCCGGUCGAUUCCUGCCCUACCAGAUCAGGUUCUACUCUACCCAGAGAGUCCUGUUGGCCAGAGUUCUAUCGGGCAGCAGACCCCUAUCGCUCAGCAGAACCCUAUCGCUCAGCAGAAUUCCUUGGACGAGUUGAACAACCUCGACCCGCUUCUACAGGCAUGGGACGGCUCGAUGCAGGACAUGUUAAACAAUUCGGGUUGGGACUUGGGCAAUGAAAACAUCUUUGCCAAUCCCGGGAUGGGUCUUGACUCGGGCGUUGAUGAGGAUGAGGAUGACGAUGAGAUGAACCACCCCUCAGCCUUGGGUAACGGCUCUGGCUUCAGCUAUCCGGGCCCAGGAUCGGGGUACAUGGAAUGA